AUGGCCACCAGCUGGCUAUUAAGAUUGGGUGCCAAAUCUCGGGAGCCUGCCAUCAUCAUUGGCGAGCUGAAAUUUACCUACGGGCAUUGCUUCAUUGUGUUUUGUGGGCUUUUUGUGCUCUCGACAACUUUGUUCAUGCUCCUUCGCGCAGAUGCCGACCAGCGGAAGAUUAAGAGCGCCGCCAUUAGGCACAUUCUCAUGAAGUCCGAGACAGAUAUCCUGUUGGCCAAAGAUCGCCUCGAAAAGGGCGACGCUCGAGCUGCAAGUGACCUGGGUGACGGUGCCCAGCAACUCCGGAGCCUGCAGCAGACCGGGCUAUUGAAGCUAACGGAGCCCUGGACAGACAUGGACCUGAAGUACAACCCUGGCAAGUUCUUUGAGGCUCAUCGUCUCCUUGCGCGGCAUGCGCCCAACUUGGGCCCCGGCUUUUGGAUCCGCUUCACGGUGCACUACAAUCUUUUCGCUGGGUCAGUCCUAGCUGUGGGCAACGAGCAGCAGGUGAAGCAACUGGAGGAGAUCCAGCAGAAGGGCUUUUUGGGCUGCUUCGGCUUGACUGAGAAGCUGGCAGGUGUUAAUAGUGGCGGUGUGGUGAACACUAUCGCGGAGUGGGAUGACCAAACCCAAGAGUUCGUGAUUACAUCCCCAGAGGUGGGCGCGCAGAAGAAUUGGAUCUCACAGGGCUUGGUGGGUGAGCUGGCAGUGGUAGUGGCAGAUCUACGUGUGGCCGGCAAGAGGUGUGGUGCACAUGCCUUCCUCAUGGAGCUUCGAGAUGCCAAGGGUCCAGUGCCCAACGUGGAGUUUGGAGACAUGGGCCGCAAAACGGUGGGCAAUGAUCUAGACAAUGCCUGGAUUGCUUUUCAUGGAGCCAGGGUUCCUCGACACACCUUGCUCAGCCGCUAUGGAGAUGUGCAGCCUGGCAAUGGCGGCACAUAUGUGAGCAAGGUCAAGGGCCUCACCAACAUGGCCAUGAUCGGUCAACGACUCUUCAGUGGCCGCGUCGCGGUGGCCUGGGCGGCGCUCACCUUCACCCGAAAGUUGUUCGAGAUGACUCGGGCAUAUUCUGAUCACAAGAAGUGUUGGAUCCCCAAGAAUUCCACCUUGACUGAAGUGCCGCAGCUUCAACAUCUGUAUCUUCGUGCGGAUGAGACCCUGAAGAAGCUGGAGAACUUCGUUGGCAGCUGUGAGAAGCAGCUGAGUGAUUGUUUGCAGAAGGACGAGAUCCCGCCGAUGGCCCUCCAGGAAGCCAUUGCCUCCGCCAAGAUCCUUGCGAGCGAUGAAACGAGCAUCGAUCUUUGCUUCCGCCUGAAGCAAGAUGUGGGCUCUCAUGCGCUCAUGGGCGACACAGGAUUCGAGCAGAUGGACUUCCUACAGGCCUGCAAGUUCGCCGAGGGUGACUCCAGGAUAUUGAUGCGCCUUGGCUGCCUCCCGCCUCCUGGUGGCGGCAGUGGUGGUGGUUGGUUGAAGAUGGCAAAAUUGUGCGUCUCGCAUUUCCUUGAGAAGGCAUUCAUUGGGCAAGAAGAUGUACAUACGGCACAUAUUCCAAUCAGUUUCAAUUAUAUAUAUUUACACUCUGACUCACUAACAUGGAAGUAG